AUGGCUGCCAACAAUAUCCCAUCCCCCUUCGUCACGCUCGUUUCGUCUGAUGGCUUUGAGUUCCAUGUUCGCCGUUCCGCUGCGUGUGUCUCUGGCACGAUCCGACGCAUGUUGGACACACAGAGCAACUUCAGCGAAGCUCAGACGGGCGUGUGCCACCUCGAAAACAUCAGCGGUAUCGUUCUGGAAAAGGUCGUGGAAUACUUUUACUACAACGAAAAAUUCCGAAACAGCGAAGGCGUCCCUGACAUGGACAUACCGUCUGAAUUGUGCCUGGAGCUUCUCAUGGCCGCAGACUUCCUCCUGACAUGA